GGCGCUAGAAGGGAUACAUCCACAACAGUGGUCCGAAACCUCGCCAUAAACAUUUACAUAAUUAAAUAAACAUAAAAGUGAACAUCAUUAGGCCUUUUUUUUCAUGGAUUCAUAAUAUUUCGCACCAUGAUCAUCAGCUGCUGCUACAUCUAUGCACUGCUGGUAAACAUCUGGACUACUGAUAAAGUAUAUUCACAGGUGACAAUUGAUGGGGUUAUCGGAGGUUCUGUUCUCUUGCCAUGUGCUUCAAAUAAACAUGAGCACAACCUUCAAGACAUCAAUGUGCUUUGGAGACGCAAUGCCAGUAUGAACGUGUUUACUAUACUUAAAGGUAAAGGUUCAGUAGAGUAUCAGGAACCAAAGUACAAGAACAAAACAGAAAUUUUUCCUGAUGAGUUUUGGAAAGGAAUCUUCUCCAUCCAACUCAACAAUCUUGUCCACACUGAUGCCGGAGAAUAUGAAUGUUACAUUGUACAUUCAGAAGAACAUGUGAAAGUCAGGCUGUUUAUUAAUGUGUAUUCACAGGUGACAGUUGACGGGGUUAUUGGAAGUUCUGUUUUCUUGCCUUGUUCUUCAAAAAUAAAUGAGUACAAACUUCAAGACGUUAAUGUUCAUUGGAGAUACAAUGCCAGUAUGCAUGUCUAUGAUAUACUUAAAGGUAAAGGUUCAGUGGAGCUUCAAGAACCAAGGUUCAAGAACAAAACAGAAAUUUUUCCUGGUGGGUUCAUAAGAGGAAACUUCUCCAUCCAACUCAACAAACUUGAACACACUGAUGCCGGAGAAUAUGAAUGUUACAUUGUACAUUCAGGAGAACACGUGAAUGUCCAGCUGCUUAUUAAUGAAUCAACUAAAGCAAAAGAGGCAGGAGAAGGAAAUAAAUCAGAAGAAACAAAAAUAGUGCUUAUAUCAAUUACUGUGCCUUGCGUAUCUGUGGUGGUGUUGAGUAUUUCUCUCUUUGUGUACAAACGGUUUUAUAAAACAUCUAGAUCACAUGAGUCUUAUCCUGCUCCUGAAGAGCUUGAACAUGUGAAUCAAAAUCAUUACGAUUAGAGUCUGUUCACACUAUGGAUGAGAUCUAAAACUAUACAGCUUAGCAGUGACGGGGAAUCCACUAUGGUUGCUCAUGCACCUGAUUUGGUUGAAGUCAAACAUUAGCAAUUUUUUCUGGUAUCCCUCUUCUGCCCCAAUUUACUACUGAUAUAAUAAGAUUGGGCAAUCAGGCGGCUAUUUUUCUGGAUUUCUGUUAUAUGAAAACUCCGGGCAGAUGGGCACUUGACCAUACAAGAAUGUUUUUUAUAAAAUACCUUAAACAGUGUGUCAUCUCUUUCUGACAUCAUGUAAACAUCAUGUCACAACAUGUACAGAAAUUGUAAUUGUUCGCAUGAGAGAUUCAAUAUUUUUGGUGAUUCAUUUCAAUACUAAUAGUUUGCUACAAACAACAUAAUUUUUUUUUUUUUAUUUCCUGUACUUUUGUUUAAAGUUUUUAAAGGAUUAACAUUUCAAAGUUUGCUUAAUGCAAAUGUUUCGUUUGGGUUUUGUAAAACUGAUGUAAGUGCAUUCCUCCAAGCUAAUCCACUGGUACAACAGGGAAAAAGCGUUGCUGUGGUUGUUUUUGUAUUUAUUUUGUUUUCUACUUGAAUGCUUGAAAAAAGACUGCCUGACCUUGUUAUAUUGCAGUGGUUCCAUAACUUUUUUACAUAAUUUAUUUGGAAUUUACUAGUCUCUUAAUCACAGUAUUUCUGAACAUUCUUUUUUUUCAGUCAGUUGGUUUACAAUGUAUUUUGUAACUAUUUGUGACCCUAGACAUCAAAAACAGUCUUAUGGGUCAAUUUUUCGAAAUUUAGAUUUUUACAUAAUCUGAAAGCUUUAAAUGCGGUCUUAGAAUUGGACAAUAUCUGGCUGAGAUACAACGUUUAAAACUCCGGAUUCUGAGAGUGCAGAAAAAUCUAAAUAUUGAGAAAAUUGCCUUUGAGGUUGUUAAUCAGGGGCACUGUGGCAGGCCAUCCAUUUACAAAAAUAGUUUUCACAUAUUUAAGGUAGAAAAGUUACAAAAUAUCUUCAUGGAACAUGAUAUUUACUUAAUAUCCUAAUGAUUUUGGGCAAUAAAGAAAAAUCAAUAAUUUUGACCAAUACAAUGUGUUUUUGUCAUUUACUAAAAAUCUUCCUGUGCUACUUAAGACUGGUUUUGUGAUCCAGGGUCACAUUUGGUUAUAUUUUUGUCUGCCUUAAUGUUCAGACCUGCUUUUUUAAGGGAACAGUUAGAUUUUAUGAGGCACAAAACAGUGACACCAAAGAUCAUUAUUUUUGUAAACCUGUUCUGUACGUCUUUAAUGUGUAAAUGUAUGGUACAGUAACUAUUACAUAAAUGUGUACUAAGCUUUUUUCACUAGCUUAACUUUUUCAUAAUAAAAUCUGUGACCUUUGCUAUACCAGUUUGUUUUGUUUUAGUCCCGUCUGUGGUCAAUAGGAAAACACAAUAUUCAAUAGU